AUGUUGGACGACCAUAAUAAAGUGAUAGCUGAGCAUCAGGACAGAUCGAAUGUUAACCAAUCACUUUAUACACUAACUACACCAACAACCUUGGUCAAGUCUUCAAGAGUCACUGCAACUUAUGAUAACGGAUUUGGAACUUAUCUGACAUUAUGUGAAGUCGAAAUAUACGGAGACUGUAACUGUGAUCCCGGCAAGUUUGGCCUAGAAUGUGAGAAAACUUGUAACUGUGCUACAGACGAGGCUUGUUUUGUUGCUACUGGAGGAUGUCCUUCUGGCUGUAAGGCUGGGUACUAUGGGGAGGCUUGUCAAAAGGCCUGUGAGGCCCACACCUGGGGCAUCAGUUGUAACCAAAACUGUAAUGAUCGUUGUAUAGACAACACAUGUAACAGGUUUAAUGGAGACUGUGAUAAAGGAUGUAAAGACGCUCAUCAGCCGCCGGCUUGUACACAAGCUUGCCAUGAGACGUACUACGGCCCCAACUGCUCACAAAGAUGUAGUCCCAACUGUACCAACAGCCUAUGUCAUCCUGUCAAUGGUCAUUGUUUGUCUUGUAAUGCUGGCAGUGUGGGGAAUUUUUGUGAACAGGCCUGUGAGCCUCAGACCUGGGGAAUCAGUUGUAACCAAAACUGUAAAGACCGUUGUAUAGACAACACCUGUAACAGGUUUAAUGGAGACUGUGAUAAAGGAUGUAAAGACGCUCAUCAGCCGCCGGCUUGUACACAGGCUUGCCAUGAGACGUACUACGGCCCCAACUGCUCACAAAGAUGUAGUCCCAACUGUACCAACAGCCUAUGUCAUCCUGUCAAUGGUCAUUGUUUGUCUUGUAAUGCUGGCAGUGUGGGGAAUUUUUGUGAACAGGCUUGCCAUGAGACGUAUUACGGCACCAACUGCUCACAAAGAUGUAGUCCCAACUGUACCAACAGCCUAUGUCAUCCUGUCAAUGGUCAUUGUUUGUCUUGUAAUGCUGGCAGUGUGGGGAAUUUCUGUGAUCAACCAUGUGAUCCCUAUCAUUACGGAAAACUUUGUAAAUUGAAUUGCUCCAUCAGCUGUUUCCAAUUAAAAUGUGACAGCGUCAAUGGUGAAUGUGAAAAAUGUAAUCCUGGUUUGACAGGAAAAUUUUGUCAAAUCGAGAAAGAACAGUAUAACAGAACGUCUACGAGCAUUGGUAUCGGUGUGGCCAUUGGUGUUGUAGUAACUUCCCUUCUGUUUAUAAUAGCCGCAAUACUUCUACAUCGUAUGAGGAUAUUAUCACUUGAAAGAAAUCGGAUAAUAAAAAAGGAAAAGCCUGAAAAUAUUCCCGGUAUCAAACUCGAGUCAGAGCAACACAAGACUUAUACCGAGGCAAUUGAAAAUGUGGAGCCUGACAUACAAGUUAACUCAAGCCCAUAUACAAACCAGAAUGUUCAUACUUACGAUGUGAUUAAUUUACAAGAUGUUGAGAAAUAUGAUUAUCAUCAAUUAAAUAUAUAA